AUGAAAGUGGUAGUUGAAUUACAGCUUAGGGCGGUAAGACAUUUUUGUUAAUUCAACCAGUAAGCUACCUGCUUCCCAGGCAGUAGUUUACUUGUGGAGCGUCGUGUACAGUGGUGCAUAUAAAUUGGCUAUCUUGAGACUAAACUCAACUGUCUCUGUUCCAACACCUGCAUAUCUAGCUAACGUUAGAUUGUAAGCUUUCAUGCAAGAUAUACAUAACAGUAAUGACAUUCGGUGAUAUACUUGUGGGAUUCACCCACAGUGUUUGAUUUUGCCAGACUAUAUAAUUUUGUGUAGCCUUGAGUGGACUGGUACUACUGCCUCUGCUAUGAGGCCAGGGCUUUUAUGGCACAGAUGGUGGUCAUCAUCAUUGGAGAAUUGUUGGUUCAAGCCCCAAUUUGGAUCUUCCUUUACAAUUGCUACAUUAGAAAUGGUGAACAUGUAUCCUAAAUGUUUGCAAAGCCGGUGUCGUUCAUCAUGACACCAUAACCAGUUAUUCAUUACAUUUCAGGUAUCAUGCCCUGGUGUGCAUUUGCCAGCCAAGGAUGACAUCUACCUCAGUGUGUGCUUCAUGAGCCAAUACUGCAAGUCGGAGUGUCUCCCCCCUGUCUUCCCUCUCCUGUUUCGAGAGAAGAUGAGAUUUGAGAAAGUGGGUUAAUGUGACACGUCUCUUCCUGAUUAUUCUAAACCAAGGGUGGCCUUCCCCCUCUCCUGACGAGCUAUCAGGAGUGCAGUCUUUUGUUCUAGCCCAGCUCUUGCACAGUAUAUACUAACCAGCUUUUCAUCAGGGGCUUGUUUGUUGACUCAGGUGGGUUUGAGCAGGGCUAGAACAAAAGCCUGUAUGCCCUGUAGCGCUCUUGGAUGCCAGGAGGUUGGCACCAUGCAGCGGUUCUAUAAACUAGUAACAGAUCAAUUCUAAAAUGGGAAUGAACAAGAUUUUCUAAAUAAGAUUUGUUCAGUUUCUGUUCCCAUUCAGGUGUUCCACUAUGCUGUUGACCCAGGAGAUGUUGCAGAGAUGCUGGAAUGUAAGUUCUAUUUUAUAUACCUGUAGGCCAGUGGAGGCUGGUGUGGGAGAGCUAUAGGAGGACGGGCUCAUUGUAAUGGCUGGAAUGGAAUAGUAUCAAACAUAUGGAAACCAAACGUUUCACUCCGUUCCAUUAAUUCCAUUCCAGCCAUUACAAUGAGCCUGUCCUCCUAUAGCUCCUCCCACCAGCCUCCUCUGUUGUAGGUCUAUUUGAUUAAUUUUGCUACUACAAUGUUAGAUAUUGUAUGCUCAUGUUCACCUACUGUGUGUUUGCUUAUUUUUCCUCCCAGGCGAAACGGUCAAAGUUGAAUUGGUACAGUUGAUCCCCCCAGGUGCAGUAAUCUUCAAAAUGUUUAGAAAUGACUUUGGUCCAAGUUUGUAAGCUAAGUGUUUAACUUUAACAUGAUACAGACACAUUGUUGUCUAAUACAGUGGUUCCCCACCCCAGUCCUCGAGUACCCGCAACAAGUUGAUUCAACUUGUCAACUAAUCAGCAGGCCUUCAAUGAGUUGAAUCGGGUGUUUUUCUGUCUGGGGCUACAACAAAAAUUGGUGCGGUUCGGGGUACUUGAGGACUGGAGUUGGGAACCACUGGCCUAAUACACCAUAAGCAAGUUGAUCAUAUCAUAAUAUGCCAUGUAGCAGCUGCUUUUAUCCAAAGCAACUUGCAGUACAGUGAGCGAAUACAUUUUAGUGUAUUUGACCCCAGCAAUAAAUUAACCCAUGACCUUUGUUCUUACUAACUAACUGAGCCACACAGGACUGCAAUGAUUGACCUCUGUGUGCUUUGCUGCAGUGGGGGAGGCCCUGGCCUGCUUUGAGGAGGACUCCAGACGCUUCCUAUUCCCAGAGCCCAAACUGGUUCCUUCCUUCUCUGGAGUGGACAGAGAGGUUCUCAUGACACGCUCCAUUUGCUUCCCUGUAAGUAGGAGAGAGCUUACACCAUCACUAUGGAGAUCUAGGCUAUAGUCCUGCUACAGUGAGAUGUGUGAGACAGGGAUGUUUCACUGGACACUGAUUGAUAGGUCCGAUUAGGACAGUACAGAGGCAGCAUACCUGCACAGAGAGGAUACAAUUUACCUUGAUGCAUUAAGCUGCUCUUCUAACUAGUGGAUUGGGCCAGUAUCCAUUCAAAUCAUCCAAUUUCUCUCAUAAUCCCCAGGGCAUUGCUCCAAGGUUAGAGUUCUCCACCAGAACAACCAUCAGUGAGUGCUCUGCGAAUGCCAGGGUCAACAGCACCCAUCUCAGCUCUCCGAUGGUAAUGUUUUCACUUUACAUCAUUAGCACUCUCCAUAGACUUCCACUUAAUGUUACGGUUCAAGGUUUCUCUAUUCCAGGGAACCCACUGUUAGCCUGGUCCCUGAUCUUUUUGUGCUUUCGUGACAACUCCUACAGUCACAAUGCUGAUAUGGGACCAGGCUAACCCAUUGUAGGCCAUUUUGCAGGACUUUAUUUCAACCACUUAUUCCCAUUGGACCAAGUGCCAAGAUUGAGAAACACUGAGCAUAUCGAAUAAUACUUUGCUCAUUUGUUCACAGAGGACAGUGGUGCCAAAGAAACGCACUAAAAGGUCCCGAAAGGGGCAUCGGGGAGGAGAUUGGGACGGUGCCCGGCGGGCACCAGUGAUGCCCAGAUCACGCUCCCUCUCCCCGUACAAAGCCAGCCAGAUGGACAGUUGUCAUGGAAACAUGGGGCGGCUGGCACAGCUCAGUUUGGGUUCCAGUUGGGAUAUAGAUGAGGAGUUUUUACCCCAUCAUGUAAGUAUAUUUUACUGGUGCUGGUGUGAGCUGUCAUGAUGACAAAUGACAGUAUGACAUCUGCUAUAUCAUGCCAGUGAGUCAGCAACAAAUUCAUACAUAGAUAUUGAUGUGUGUUCAUGUUAUAUUCUUUUUUGUGUUUGCUUGUGUGUGUGUGUGUGUGUGUGUGUGCGUGCCCAUGCGUGUAUGUUUGUGUGCGUGGGUGUGUGUGUGCGUGUUUGUGUGUGUGUGCAUUAAUGUAUGGUAUUACAGACAGCAGGUGGCAGAGAAUAGCUCACUGUUAUUUGUAGUGUGGAAUAUUCCCAGGUGUGGUUUUAUCCUCGACCCACCCAGUCAUGUAGCAAUGAUUUCCUGUACUGGACAUAACACUCUUUUAUUGAGAUGAUUACAUUCACAUUCAGUGGUGCAGCUUUGUUGAAAAAGGAAAUAGGACAUUGAACUCAACUCAUCAAUCCAUCCACCUUUGGACACUAGCGCCAAAUAAAACCAACCAUUCAUUCCGUUUGGAAAAUGAUAGGAUCAUUUCAGACUUUGGACUCCCAACUGAAUCAAACAGUUGUUAUUGUUUUUUACCCCUGCUUUGCUCUAUUCUUCUCCUCCUGUCCUUAGAAAAGCGACCCCUGGCUUGGGACUGGCAACUCCCCCACACCCCACCUCUCCCCUGUCAUGGCCAGACCCACCCUGAACAACGGCUCCUCUCCUCGUCUCCCGCGGUCCCCAUCCUCUGACACAGACAAUCUCCUGGACUACCCCCCAGGUCCAAGCCAACGAUGUUCCCUGGCUAACAUAGGGGGAUCCCCUACACCCAGACCUUCCAUGCUUUGGCGCUCCUACAGGGAAAGCUCAAGACAAAAUGGGUAUGUCGAGCUUACUUGACAUAUUGUGAUGUAAGCUCUUGGCUCCUACAAGGAGCGUAAUGCCUUUGACAAAUGUCCUCCAUCUCACUUGGUCCAGGGAAAGUAUUUUACAGAUGGCACCAGUUGAGGCCAGGCCUGACCUUAUCCUGAUCCUCUUGUCUAUUUCUAUGACCAGGUCACACCCCAGCUCCCAGGGCAUGUGGGAGGAGGUCCAACACCGCGUCCGAGGACUCCUUACCACCCCUAGAGCAGUGCACAGACUCACCCAUGUGAGUAAAACACAUGUCACAUUCAUCUGCAGUGGGUGCAUUGGAAACAGCAAUCACACCAGCAAUUGAGCCCAAUUUAACCUUGACAAGAUUGAACAGUAACUUAAAUUGACCAGUUACUACAGCUUAAUUGAGCUUGCCUGGCACAAUGGCAGCAAUAGAAUAGUUGUAAAAUGGCAAACCCAGCCCAGCUGGUACUCCAGGCAGGCUAGAACGAACACUAAAAGUAUAGCCUAGUAUUUGAACCCAGCUCUGCAGUCAAGCCUGAUCCCUACACUUUGUUUGGAAGCUAAUGUUUUGACAAUGUUAUAACUUGCCUCAUCCUCGGCUCGCAUCACCCUCAUUUCAAGAAUAAUUUCAAGUGUUAGUAAUUCCCUAAAAGUUUUGUAAAGCGUCUGGCUGCCGCAGAGCUAUGAAUGGGUAGGAGAAUACACCAGAUAGAAAUGGGAACUGGAACUCCAGCAGAAUGACCGAAAUCAAUUUAGUCAUAUGCAGACUCCACCGCUCUCUCGCUCUCUCCCUCCUCACCCUCUCCUUUUCUCUCCCCUUUCCUCUUUGCUUGCCCUCUAUCGCUCUCCUUUCUCCAUUCUCUUUGGCUAUAGUGUGAUGUAGUAGCCCAGGUCUGUUUUUGUACAGUCUUGCCAACCGCUCGUCCCUUAUUGUUAAUGACAAGGUACUGUAACAUAAACAGAUAUAUUAUUUGUGUUUUUAUAUGUGAGAUUAGGCUAGUAAUGUGGUGUGUAUUUGUGAGAAAUCAGUGCUAAUGUAUUGGUCGGUUCUCAGGGGGCCACAGACUCCGAGAUAGACGAGGUGCUAGCCCGGAGGUCCAUCUCCCCUAACCCAUGCCCACCCUAG